AAACACAGUUGCAAUUAAAGAAACGAGUGCAUAUCAAAGCUAUAAGUUUAAAUAAUUGAGUUUCGAUCGGAACCAAAAUCAAAACUAACCGAAUCAGCAAAUCAGAGCUUAGUAGAAAAGGAAAACCAAACGCAUAUCCGGAAAAACCACAAGCAAAUUAAAACUAUUGUCACUGUGAAUCAACACGUAUAUGCAGCAAAUAAGAGUUGAAAUCAAAAGGCAAACAUACGCAUAUGGAAAUCAUAUUGGAAAAAAUCCAUAAUAAGCCCAGGCUCUCGAAACUUCGCCCUAAGUCAGUUGAGCUCUAAGGACAAUAAGAGUUAAUCCGCAAACUAAACACAAAUGCAAUUAAAAUAGACGAUGACAUCGGGCGACAAGGAGACCCCGAAGCGAGAAAACUUCACCAGUCCGCUGCAAUAUUUGAUGGGCAGCUGUGUCCGCGGAGCGGAAAUGACUGCGAUGGCGCCCCUUAAUAUGCCCAAAAUGUGGGCCAGGAUCCUGCGGAUGUCCUCCUCGCCAAAGAUAGAAAUCGUUGACUAUCUGAAGGCGGCUGAGUCCGGAAACCUUGACGACUUCAAGCGACUUUUCAUGGCGGACAACUCGCGGAUUUCCUUAAAGGAUGGCAAAGGACGAACGGCUGCUCAUCAGGCGGCGGCCCGCAAUCGGGUUAACAUUUUGCGGUAUAUUCGCGACCAGAAUGGCGACUUUAAUGCGAAGGAUAAUGCUGGCAAUACCCCACUCCACAUUGCGGUGGACAGCGAUGCCUACGAGGCCCUGGACUAUCUUUUGUCUAUACCAGUGGAUACUGGAGUGCUGAACGAGAAGAAGCAAGCGCCAGUCCACCUGGCAACCGAGCUGAACAAGGUUAAGUCCCUGCGGGUCAUGGGUCAGUACCGGAAUGUCAUCGAUAUCCAGCAGGGCGGGGAGCACGGCAGGACCGCCCUGCAUCUGGCGGCCAUCUACGAUCACGAGGAGUGCGCUCGCAUCCUGAUAACUGAGUUCGAUGCAUGCCCCCGUAAGCCCUGUAACAAUGGCUACUAUCCCAUACACGAGGCGGCCAAGAAUGCCAGCUCAAAGACAAUGGAGGUCUUCUUCCAGUGGGGCGAGCAGCGCGGCUGCACCCGCGAGGAGAUGAUAUCCUUUUACGAUUCCGAGGGCAAUGUGCCGCUCCACUCGGCGGUGCACGGAGGGGACAUCAAGGCGGUGGAGCUGUGCCUCAAGUCCGGGGCCAAGAUAUCCACGCAGCAACACGAUCUCUCGACGCCAGUGCACCUGGCCUGUGCCCAGGGAGCCAUUGACAUUGUAAAGCUGAUGUUCGAGAUGCAGCCGAUGGAGAAGCGACUUUGUCUCAGUUGCACGGACGUGCAGAAGAUGACGCCUCUUCACUGCGCCUCCAUGUUCGAUCACCCGGAUAUAGUGUCCUAUCUGGUGGCCGAGGGGGCGGACAUCAAUGCCCUGGACAAGGAGCAUCGCUCACCUCUGCUUUUGGCCGCCUCGCGCAGCGGUUGGAAGACAGUACACCUUCUGAUUCGCCUUGGGGCGUGCAUCAGUGUCAAGGACGCCGCCGCGCGCAAUGUGCUGCACUUCGUCAUAAUGAACGGCGGGCGGCUGACAGACUUUGCCGAGCAGGUGGCCAACUGCCAGACGCAGGCGCAGCUGAAGCUGCUCCUGAACGAGAAGGACAGCAUGGGCUGUUCUCCUCUGCACUACGCCAGCAGGGAUGGGCAUAUCCGUUCCCUGGAGAACCUCAUCCGGCUGGGAGCAUGCAUCAACCUGAAGAACAACAACAAUGAGAGUCCGCUGCACUUUGCAGCCCGCUAUGGGCGGUACAAUACAGUGCGGCAGCUUCUGGACUCCGAGAAGGGUUCCUUCAUUAUCAACGAGAGUGAUGGGGCAGGGAUGACCCCGCUGCAUAUAUCCUCGCAGCAAGGACACACACGGGUGGUGCAACUGCUGCUCAAUCGCGGAGCCCUGCUGCAUCGAGACCACACAGGACGUAAUCCUCUCCAGCUGGCGGCCAUGUCGGGAUACACCGAGACCAUUGAGCUGCUGCACUCGGUGCACUCUCAUCUGCUCGAUCAGGUGGACAAGGAUGGGAACACCGCUCUCCACCUGGCCACCAUGGAGAACAAGCCGCAUGCCAUCUCCGUCCUGAUGUCCAUGGGCUGCAAGCUGGUCUACAAUGUCCUGGACAUGAGCGCCAUCGACUAUGCCAUCUACUACAAAUAUCCGGAGGCCGCUUUGGCCAUGGUGACCCACGAGGAGCGGGCUAACGAGGUGAUGGCCCUGCGAUCGGACAAGCAUCCCUGCGUGACCCUUGCCCUCAUUGCCUCCAUGCCCAAGGUGUUCGAGGCGGUGCAGGACAAGUGCAUCACCAAGGCAAACUGCAAGAAGGACUCGAAGAGCUUCUACAUAAAAUAUUCGUUUUGGCCCUACCAAAAGACACCCGAACAGAUCGAGGCCAAGCGCAAAGAGUUCAAUGACCCCAAGUGGCGACCCUCGCCUUUGGCCGUGGUGAACACCAUGGUCACACACGGCAGGGUGGAACUGCUGGCCCAUCCGCUGAGCCAAAAGUAUCUGCAGAUGAAGUGGAACUCGUAUGGAAAGUACUUUCACCUGGCCAACCUGCUGAUCUACUCGAUAUUUCUGGUCUUUGUGACGAUCUACUCUUCGUUAAUGAUGAACAACAUUGAGUUGAAGGCUGGAGAUAACAGGACGAUGAGUCAGUACUGCAACAUGGGUUGGGAGCAGCUGACCAUGAAUCUCUCGCAGAAUCCUGCGGUGGCUUCCCAGAUUCGUUUGGAUUCCUGCGAAGAACGCAUCAAUCGAACCACAGCAAUUCUUUUCUGCGCGGGGGUCAUCGUGGUCUACAUAGUGCUCAACUCUAUGCGGGAACUAAUACAGAUUUACCAGCAAAGACUACAUUAUAUCUUGGAGACGGUGAACCUUAUAUCCUGGGUGCUGUAUAUAUCUGCUCUAGUGAUGGUUACACCGGCCUUUCAGCCAGAUGGAGCCAUAAAUACCAUACAUUAUUCGGCCGCCUCGAUCGCAGUGUUUCUAUCCUGGUUCCGACUGCUUCUGUUCCUGCAGAGAUUCGAUCAAGUGGGCAUCUAUGUGGUCAUGUUCCUGGAGAUCCUGCAGACGCUCAUCAAGGUGCUGAUGGUAUUCUCCAUACUGAUCAUUGCCUUUGGCCUGGCUUUCUAUAUACUACUUUCCAAGAUUAUUGACCCCCAACCGAACCACUUGUCCUUCUCCAACAUACCCAUGUCCUUGCUGCGAACAUUCUCAAUGAUGCUGGGCGAGCUGGACUUUGUGGGCACCUAUGUAAACACCUAUUAUAGGGAUCAGUUGAAGGUGCCCAUGACCUCCUUCUUGAUACUGAGCGUCUUUAUGAUCCUCAUGCCCAUUCUCCUGAUGAACCUGCUCAUCGGUUUGGCCGUCGGCGAUAUAGAGUCAGUGCGUCGCAAUGCCCAACUUAAGCGGCUGGCCAUGCAGGUGGUGCUCCACACAGAGCUGGAGAGGAAGCUGCCCCACGUCUGGCUGCAGCGAGUCGACAAGAUGGAGCUCAUCGAGUAUCCCAACGAGACCAAGUGCAAGCUCGGCUUCUGCGAUUUUAUCCUGCGCAAGUGGUUCUCCAAUCCGUUUACCGAAGAUUCCUCCAUGGACGCCAUAUCCUUCGACAACAAUGAUGACUACAUCAACGCCGAGUUGGAGCGGCAGAGGCGAAAGCUGCGCGACAUAAGUCGCAUGUUGGAGCAACAGCACCAGCUGGUGCGGCUCAUUGUCCAGAAGAUGGAGAUCAAGACGGAGGCGGACGACGUGGACGAGGGUAUAUCCCCCAAUGAACUACGAUCCAUGGUGGGCCUGAGAUCGGCGGGCGGAAAUAGAUGGAACUCACCCCGAAUCCGGAACAAACUAAGGGCUGCCUUGAGUUUCAAUAAGAGCAUGUAGAUUCCGCCGAUAUUGGCGGGUCUCUUAGCUUUAUAAAUAUAUCUCUGUGUUGUCCCAAGUAGAAAUAUUGCACCUACAUAUUUAAAUUAAUCUCUUUUGUGUGUACAACGUGGAUCGUGUGUGUGCAUUUGGAUAUCGUACUGUGUGAGGUCCUAAAAGGAAUUGUGCAACGAAUUUAUAGGCAAGGAUCAUGGGCUGUUUUAGUAACUCGAACAAGCUGUGGCAUUCAACAGAUCUAUUGUAGUUUUAAAUGCUAUUUGCAAAGUAUGCAUUGUU